AUGUUUCUGCGUGGACAGCGCUCCACCACAGGCGGUAUCAGCCGCGUUAGACCCACGAUCAACACGCGAGACAACUACACAUCGAGAGACCCCGAGAAAUGGACCAAGGAGGACGUCGCCGACUAUGUUGAUCGACACUCUGAUGAUUUCGCAAGCAAGAACAGAAUGCUGGCUAUCAUUAGAGACAAGUCCCUUACCGGCCUUUAUUUUGUCCAAAUAGACCACGAAGGCUUGCGGAAGGAGAGUUUCAUAUCCGGAGACAGCGAUCUGCUGAAAGACCUGAUAACACUUUCGGAUCUGCUCAAGAAGAAAGCCAAACGGACGAGUCCUGUGCAGCAACGUUCGCCGCCGACGGUGUGGGCGAUCUGGCCCAACUUGAGAGGCGAGCCCUCGUCUCAGGAUUGA